CGGCCUUCUUCCUCUCUUUUCUCCACACUAAGUCCACGCGUGAAAAGCGGUCUACGCGCUUCAACUCCAGCAUCAUCUAAAAGCAGAGGGAUCUUAAGCCAUGGCAAGGCCCAGAGUUUUCUUCGAUAUCACCGCCAACGGCAGCCCACUCGGAAGAGUGGUCAUGGAGCUGAGAGCUGAUGUUGUACCCAGAACAGCAGAGAAUUUCAGGCAGCUGUGCACAGGACAGCCUGGCUAUGGCUACAAAGGAUCCAUCUUCCACCGUAUCAUCCCUAACUUCAUGUGUCAGGGUGGUGACUUCACAAAGCACAAUGGAACUGGUGGCAAGUCCAUUUAUGGCAACAAGUUUGAAGAUGAGAAUUUCACACUGAAACACACCAGCGCUGGUAUUCUGUCUAUGGCCAAUGCUGGACCCAACACCAAUGGUUCCCAGUUUUUCAUCUGCACAGAAGUUACUUCAUGGCUGGACGGCAAGCACGUUGUCUUUGGACAGGUUGUGGAGGGCAUGGAUGUUGUCAAGAAAAUGGAGGGUUAUGGCACCAGCAGUGGAAAAACCAGUGCCAAGAUUGUCAUUGCUGACUGUGGCCAGCUGUAAACACCUCAAACACCAACUUUCACCCAAACCCUAGUCUAGUACCUCUGAGUGCUCCCUCUUCUGAAUCCUGCCGCUUACCGCAACAUUCCUCCAAAUUUUAUAACCCCCUCAUCCCUCAGUCAUCCAUCAUUGUCCUUUGACAAGUUACCAUUUUGCCGUUUUCAUUUGCAAAUGAGUUCCUGUAGGCUUAUUUGUCAAAAUCUGGAAAUAAAAGAAGUAUUUGGCCUUUG